AUGAAACUCUUCGGCUACACAAUUGACAAGAACUACAUGUUCCUACUUUGCAAUGGACUCAUAGUUUUUAUAGUCAAGAAUUCUGGUCUGGUUGGGAAUUCUCAUUCUCAAUCAGGGGAUAAUCUUUAUCUUAAUGAAGAACAUGGCAUCAAAAAUGGACAUAGGCAGCAAUCAGUACCUGAACUAUCAGAGAAUAAGGCAUUGGAUUUGGAUGAAAGUAAAAUUGUAGUUAUGGAGUUUGAAGAGGAACAAGUAAUAGCAAAUAGGUCUUUGUCAUUGAUUACAGUAGUUGGAGGAGGAGAAAAUGAGCUUUUGACUAUGCAAGAUGAAGAAGAAGAAGAUGGAUUUGGGCUACUGAGUACAGAAGAGCUAAACAAAAGAUGUGAUGAUUUUAUAAGAAAGAUGAAAGAAGAAAUCAAAUUUGGAGCCAAACAAUUGGUCGUAGUUUAGUUUUGGCAAUCAAAAGCCACACUGUGCUAGUCAAUCACCCUGUUGGUGUAAGAUGUCUGUGACUUGUAAUUUAGUUUUCCUUUUUCUGGAGGGUCUCUCUAUGACUCGUAAUUUCUUCUUUACAUGACUCUAGAUUAUGAGUAGAGU